UUUACAGAUGGUAGUUUGUUAUAUGACAGAGUGCCAAAUAAGCCUGAGAUAGACAGAUUGCCACCAACUCCACCACAGCCUCAACCGCUGCCCGUAGUUCAGCCCCAACAAACGAUAUUGAAACGAACAAGGCCGCCAUUGGAAGAGCUCAAUGGAUCAGAUGGCAUUGCCCUGAGUGCAGGGCUUCAAGGUCCUCCAGCAAAACGCGCCCAUCACUCUCAACAGUUACAUCCAAAACACUCAAUGGAUCAUGUAUCACCGGCAACCGUGCCUCUAGCACCACCACUGAAUGGUAGAGCAGUACAUCCCCAUUCGUUCCCUCAUGGGGUACCAAUGUCAAGAAGCAAUGCCCGUAAACAGGUCAUCUCGUGGAUGGAUGCACCCGACGACGUUUAUUUCCGCGCUUCAGAUCAGAUAAAGAGACUACGAAGGACCUUAUCCUCGAUAGAGCUCAGAAGAUCAGCCCGCAAACCGUGGCGCAGAUUGCCUGUACCGGGUAUCCACCCACCUCCCCAACAACGAGCUGCAGCGCCUCGUGUAGAAGAUCCACGAAUGGUCGUAAUCCUCGACUGAACUGACUGUAAAAAUAAUCGAGACAUUACAUUUCAACGUUAUGUGUUCCCCUGCUAUCAACGAAAAGAAAUUUUGAGUGUAAAAGAAAGCCUCUCCAGUAAA